AUGGGGAUUUUGAGGAGGCUGAUUGCCCUCUCCACCGCAGAUGACCUGGAAGUAGUGGGACCAGGUUUCCUUCUGGCCCUGGAAGUGAGUCCUGCCUUUGUGCCAGAUGUUGUUGCAUGCUGUGCAGUGCUCCACAACCUUCGUCUUCUGAAUGAGGACAUUGUUGAUCCAGAGGUUGUGAAGGAUCAUGACGAUGAUACACUGGAACCCCAAAACACAGAAGCCAGCACAGGAGAGCAUGUGCGGGACAAUCUGUCCACAGUUGUUUAUGAAGGUUAUGCUAACGAGGUGGGCAAGGCGUUUUGCACAUUGGUGCCAGUCAGCUCGGUGUGGGCCAGUUACGCCGUGGCCACUGCAUACGUGUCUGCUGAUGCAUUUGACAAAGGCAGGAAAGCAACUAUGGCUCACACUGAGGAUAAUGGAAAGGAAGUGCGGGUGGCCGUUGCUGUGGUUGACACGUUCGUCUGGCAGGCUUUGGCUUGUGGAUUCACAAUCAACCGCAUUUGUGCUGCGUCGCUCUUCCUGCUGGGAAAAAUCACAUGCUGCCCACUUCCUGUGCGCAAGUGGACCACAACCGCCAUUGGCUUCUCCACCAUCCCAUUCAUCAUAACACCCAUCGACAGGUCGGUGGAUUUUUUGUUGGGCUCCAGCCUGCGGAAACUCUACAGUGAAGGAGAAAAACAUGAAUGAGCCUAGUCACAACACAGACCUCUGACCCCUGAUCUUUCCAGCCAGCACGAGCACCAGUCUGUGAGAAAUGUGUCUGACAUUGACGUUAUUACUGGCAUUCCACAUGAACCUUCAUUUGCAUGUGUCUCAAUUGAUAAUGGUUUUCAUCUUGGUUGUUUGCUUGAUUUUUUUUUUUACUUCAUCUCGGUUGUCACAUUAUUGCAUUAUUUAUUUACAGCUCUUUAAAGUCAGUAUGUUUCUGGUGAACGGUUGAAGUACUGUAUGUUUCCAAACUGUAGAGAUGAUAAACUAGUGAAGGCUGAGAUUCUAAAUACUGUUCUCUGUGUAUUUGUGUUAGUAUCUGUCUGUACAGGGAGAAGCUCAGACAGUCCCAGGACAAACGAUCAACUGCCAGUGUCCAGCGUAUGAGAUAUAAGUCUUUGGAGAGUUUUAUCUAGGUUUUGGAACCAAUCAGAAUUUUGUUGACUUAUGUAUUGACGCAAUUAGUAUCCUCUGUCAGGGUAUAACUGUGGUUGAUUUUGAGUUGUACGGGGUGCGGCCUACGAACUCCGUCGAGAGUAUUGAAGCUGACUUCUGCUGAUGAAAUUGCAAACUAUUUUCUUCAAAUAAAAUUAUUAUUAUUAAUUGAACUCAUCUCUGACUCCUGGUCUUCAUUGUCAAAUAUCUGGUCAUUGGGUUUUAACUGUAAAUUCCCCUACAAUACUGUAAUAUCAAAUCAAUUUGUAGUGUUUUUGAUGAUCUGUCAUUUGUUUAAUCUCAUGAUAAAGGAAUUAAGUGCGUUUCUCAUUAAGCUAUAAACUCCAUUCAAGUUCAGUUCUGAAUGUUCUGCAGGAGCACAAAA